AUGCAUAUGAUGAAGAGUCAUCAACGACCUUCCACAAAUCCUAUUUCCUUCUCAUCUCCUUCUACUGAUCCUAAGGAAAUCUCAGACAAAAUUCCUACACCAGAACGUUCUCCACCUCCUCCAGAACGUUCUCCAGAACAUAUCCCAUCACCUUCCACUCUUUUUGCUCAAACAUCCGGCACAGUCUCUUCAGCUAUUCCCUCGUAUACACUUCACUCCCCCAUCCACGACUUCAGUACUUUCUUGUCUAAUCCCCUUUUAUCUACCAUGUCUCUACUAUUUGUUUCACCUCAGAAAACCAACUCAUCCAUUUUUGGCAUAAGUCAGUUUUUGAACUUUCCCGCUACUGCUGGCCCGUCUACCUCAUCUGUUGGCCCCCUACCAUCUGUUUCAUCUUCUUUUGCCUCUAUUCCAUCCUUAUCUACCAUGCCUAUUCCUUCCAACACAGUUGUUGCUACCUCUUCUCAACCCUACGCUCACCUUCCCUCCACUUCCACCUUAGCUGCACCCUCAAACUCUGAUAUCAUGGCCGCUCUCCAGAUCAUCAUGGCAAGACAAGUUCAGCAUGAUCAAGAGACUGCUUUACUCAGAACUUGGAUGGCUGAUCACCUUGCUCCCAAGCUGGGAAUUCCACCUCCGCCUCCUCAUCCGGUGCCACCUCCUUCUCAGAUCCCUCAUCCUGGCAAAUCCUCCUCCUCAAAAGGAUCUUCUCCCUCCCUAGCUUCUUAG